CGGUGGAUACAUUUACAGCGUUCGUUUGGUUUGAGUUGAUGUCAGUCAAAGCUGUCGAAAAGAGGAAGAGGAUGUAAAUAUUAUAGAAAAAAAUAGAUACAUUAUUGGAACCAUAAUAGCAAAAACGACAACAAACAAAAAUUAUAAUUAUAUAAGGGAGGAUCUUCGUAUACUACUGGGGUGUAUAGUAUAGUGCCUAGGGCAUUUCAAUCACCAGUAACAUACAUUAAAUGUAAUAGCUUGCUGUAAGUUAGUUAGAUAUGAAACCGUUAACACGUUUAUAGCGAAUUCCCUCUCAACAUAUUAUUAGAUACAGUAUAAAAAAAGUAUUUUGACAGCAUGUGACGUUUGCCGUAAAUAGUAUAGACUCAAAAGUAUACUUUUAUUAUGUGCUGUUAAAAAAAUGACAUGAGUUUCUGCACAGUCAAAUUGCUUAUUAUUUUUUACGAAACUCCCCAAAAUGUUUAACAAUUCGGUGUUCAAGAAUGGCGGUCUUGAAGUUCUGCUUUUAUCUGAGCAAGCAUGUUGUAAAAAUGUAAAACACACGCUGAAAGCAAAAGUUACAAAAGGCUUCUCAACGCUCUGCUGUGUAAAUGCUAACAAGGGACUUGCCUUUACUGAUAUUUCUGACAGUGGACAACAAUGCAACGAGAGAAGCGUUGAAGGUAACUUCACAAAUUUUAUUUGGGAAGACUCUCUUGCUGCUGAUGAAUGCGCCCUGAGACUAUUGGCCCUUGGCGCUGAUAACAAGCUCUGCUUGUAUGAGCUGGAGGGUGAGGAUGAGGAUGGUGGCGCAUGUCCUGUUACUGUCCUCUGCAGCUGCACUGAACAAACCCUGAGACAGCUGGUUGAAGCUGAACACCUGAGCCUUUCUUCAUCUCUGUCCUUGAGGCUCCUGUCAUAUGAGAAUAAUAAAGCCUUUGUGCUGCUGAAUAACUGCAUCCUUCUUCACCUUCUCUUCUCUGAGACUGGAGCUGAGCCUGAGGUUCUCAACUGCAGCACUAUUGGUGUGCUUCCCCAGGCCCUGGAGAGAAUAGCAGAUUGCCAGAUCUGCACGGGGGUUCUGUUUGUACUGGAUAACACCGGACACAUAUAUAUUUAUGACCCUGCCCAUGGCCAGCACCUUGCCAGUGUUGAUUUGUGUCUGUAUCAGACCAGUUUACUGGAGCAGAAUGAAGAUCUAUGCAGCCUGUCUUCCUUCGCCCUCUUAAAGGUGUCACAUGACCUGACCACUGCUGUAGCAGUCACUUGCUUUAACUCUGCAAUAUGUGUCAACUUCAACGACUAUUUCAGGAAGUAUCCUGAGCACUUAAUGUGUGUGAGAGCUCCAGACCAGCUCCCUCUGAAAGGACUGGACGCUGUUGAUGAGGACGACCUGUCCAGCUCGGACUACAGCAGGACCUUGCUUGGAGUUUCAUUUCAGACCAACAGGUCCUGGGAUGCCCAGUUGUCAGUGUUAUACAACAAUGGGAAGGCUUCUUCAUCAUCAUAUUGCACCACCAAACUGUGUGCUCCUUGGUACCAUCACCUUCCCAACGCUGAACCUAACAAACACUCUGAUUUAACCAAAUCUCAUGUGUCGGCCACAGUUUCCAACUACACUGCCUGUAUACUAAGCUGUGCUGCACGGAAAAGGACUGGCAGAAGCAGCGAGCCCCUACCUGGCAGAAGACAAGGGUUUGUGCAGCUCCAGGGCUUACGGGAACGCAUGACCCCAGCAACCGUUUCAGUGUCUGAAUUUACUGUCCUGCUAACCUUGGUCUCCAGUGACGACACAGCAGUGACUGUAGCGCUCUGGGAUCUUCAGACUCAGGAUGUGACCUACCACCAUCUUGACCCUGGCUGUGCUCCAGUGCAGUGUAACGGUGAGGAGCAGCUGUGCCUGGUUAUGAAAGAGUCUGGUCUGUCUGUGAUCCUGUUUGGGGUCACCCAGGAGGAGCUCCUGACCAGGCUGAUGAUACACGGCAGCGCAGGCACGGUGGACUCGCUGUGUCACCUCAACGGCUGGGGAAGGUGCUGCAUUCCUGCCCACGCUCUGGAGGCUGGGUUGAAGAACCGUCAGCUGGAUACAGUUGAUUUUUUCCUUAAAAGUAAAGAGAAUAUCCUCUGUCCACCUGCGGGAUAUACGUUAGCAGAGCAGCCUGGAACCAUCCCGACCCAUCUUCAGUUAAAGAAUGUGGAGGACCUGAGACCAGCUCUUACUCUUCUGAGCUCCGCAAUCAAAGACAAUGACUCGGAAGCCCAGAGUAAACAAUUCUCAGAGCAGCUGCUGAACAUGACUUUAACGUUUCUGAACAAGCAAGUCAGAGAGAUUCUCAUUAACACAGAAGAGUUGAAUGAGGACCUGCAGAAGUGUGUUGAUAUUCUGAGCAACUACAUCUCAGAGCUGCGCACCUUCAUGAAGAAGUUCCCCCGGCCCCAGCCUGGCGAGAACGAGCCCUGGCAUGGGGGUGAUGGAAGCCACCUGGAGAUCGAACGCUUGCAGGAGUGGCAGAAACUCAGCUCUGCUGAUGUUAUUCGCAGUGCUAUCAUGAGCAAUCGCAUCCCUGAGGCCCAGGCCUUCUUCAGGUCUCGGCAGAACAAGGCAGAGAGGCUGGAGGAGCUGCAGCAGACCGGGCUCAGCUUGGCGUAUGAAUGCCUGUUAGGGAGAGAGCUGAAGGAGGCUUCUGAUCUCUUUAGAAAUAUGGGAUUCAAUGUGAAGCAGCAAUUGCACAGUAUAUGUUUCUAUACAGAUGAUAGAGAUCUGCGGGAUUUUUUGGUGGACAAUUUACAAAAGCAAAACUAUUUAUCAGGCAGGGAAAUUGCCAUGGUGGAGUUCAUUAAACAGGUUGAAAGACUGUGUUUGUCACCAGCAAAACGAUCUAAGGACAUCGAGCCCAAUGUCAUAGCUCUGCAGAUGGAACAAAAUGACCCAAAAUAUAAAACUAUUCUGGACAAAAACGUGAACUCCCAAGACCACUUGCAACACACUGAGAUUUCCACAAUUUUGCUGGACUGGGCAAGGUGGUGGGAUAAAAACAUUCAGGAGAAUAUCCUUCUUUCAAGAACGUCCAAGGAAGGUCUGCAAUCCUGUGAUCCUGAAGUCCUGUGGAUGCACCUCACAUCUCUACACGAUCGACAGAGGGUCCAUGAUUGGGUUGAAACCUUUAAACCGCUCACUGAUGAGCCUUCAGAUCAAAGCCAAUGGCCAGCCUUGACGGCAGAAAUUGUCAAUCACUGCACACUUUGCAGCGGCCGCAUGAGGAAUGAAAUACUAGACAUGCUGGCAAGGAGAGGAGUGUUCAUCCCGUCUGAACAAGCUGAUUUGGAGCAGCUCCUGGUGAGGCUGGGCCAUGCUGGGGGGGUGAUGCAGGAGACUCACCCCGUCCCAGGGUAUCACUCCUCUGACGGGUUAGACUUCCAUUCACACUUCAUCCACUACUGUCUGGAGAACGGCUUGCGAUACCUGCUCUGCGUCUAUCUGGAAUACUACCAGCUAAACCAAUCCAAUUGUCCCAUUCUGGAGGAUGAGGAUUUAUAUGAAACACACCCCUGGUUUGAGCUGUUAGUGAAGAUACAGGAAAUCAUCAAAAACCCAACAGACCCCAGCAUUAUUUUUCAGUCCAGCCUGACAAAUGCCCAGAUCCUGAUACCCAGUAACCAGGCCAGUGUGAGCAGCAUGCUGCUGGAGGGGCACACCCUGCUGGGCUUGGCAACCAUCAUGUUCUCUCCGGGAGGCUUUGAUCAGGUUGUUAGUCCCAAAGAAGAGGAAGAUGACUCCCUGUGGAAAGUGGACCCGCAGCUCCUGAAAAUGGCCCUGGCUCCCUACCCCAAACUGAAAUCCGCGCUGUUCCCACAGACCACUCCCCGAGGCGUCCCGCCACCUGACAUCUCUGUCUAUCACCUCGUCCAGUCUUUGUUUCCUUUUGAUCCUUCGAGGCAGUUUGGAUGGCAGUCAGCCAACACUCUUGCGACUGUUGAUACAUCGAGUGAGUUGCCCCACUUCUCCUGUCUUGACCUUGUGAACAAGUAUGCCGUUACUGAGCGCUUGGAUUUCCUGUACUAUCUGCGUCACGGCCGCCCUUCCUUCGCUUUCGGGACCUUUCUGGUUCAGCAGUUAUCAAAAAACAAUUCUACUGCAAGGGAGCAAAUCACACAGGCAGCCAUCGAAGCAUAUAAACUGGGUCUCAUCUACUUUGAUGAACCUCCAGUGGCUGCAGCAUGCGUUUGCUUUUAUGAAUUGCUGGGUAUCAGCAGCCUGAAGUUCAGAGUUGAUUUAAAAGUUGCAAAUUUGAUCCUGAAGCAUUGGACCAGAAGCACUGAAGAGUCACAGAACCCCUCGCUUAGAGAAUCUUUAGCUGAAAAGCUGCAUAAGCUUGUAGAGACUGAAAAACAAACAGCAGAAGAGUUAUUGAUCCAUCUUGAAGCUGCUGUGCUGGAUAACCUUGAGAGAAGGAGCAUUAGCAGGACCUCGUAUGAGUCUGGUCAGGAGUGGUCUCUGGUGGCUGAGUUCUGCAGGCUUCAUGCUGUGACCCUGAGCACAGCUUACCUGCAGGACUGUGCCAGACAGAAUGAGUGGCUGCAGUUCCUCGUCUUCAUCCAGCUUCACAAUUACCAACCAGAGCAAGUGAAAGCACUGCUGAAGGAGUUUAGCCCGGCCCUGCAGGAUCACCUCUCUCUGGCGUUUGAGAAUCUGCAGUUUGUGCCUCCAAGCGAUGAAGAGAACGAUCAGGGACACCCGGAAGCUGCCGGGCCUGUCCUGCAGAACAAGAAAAAGAGGCCCCAGAAUCUGUUCCAGGCACUGCUGCUGAGCCAGGACCAGCCCAGCCCGUGGCGCUAUCUUCUGUCCGAGGCCAUGGGUCAGCACUGCCCUGUCCUCAGUGUCCUGGCUGCCUGCGUUCAGGAUUCUGAGAUCCUGCAGUGUCUCUGCGUCUGGGUUCUUUCUUCAGUCGAUGAUGUCACAGUUGCUGAAGCAACAAGCCACAUCCGAGAGUGUGUGGAACACCAUGAGUGGAGUCUCCAUGACCUGUCACUCAUCUGGAAGGUUCUGGUGAGAAGACAAAGGAUUAAAUCCCUCAUCAGAGGCUUCCAGCUCUUCCAAAAGGACUCCCCGCUAGUGUACAUGUUGCAAAUGUACGAGCUGUGCAACGAUUACAAAAACUACAGCGAAGCAAAGAGCAAGCUCCUCGAGUUCCAGAAGUGCCUGAUCAGUCUGAAAACCACAAGCCCAAAGGCUCCUGCGGUGAUACCGCUGCAGUGGCUGGAGGUCCAGGCAUCUUCUCUCCUGCACCUGAUGAUGCAGCAGUGUCGGACGCAGUACGAGCUGAGAAAACUGCUGCAGCUACUAGCAGACAUGGACAGCAUCCUGAAAACAAACGGCCCAGAUUUCAAGAAGCUGAGCGUCCUGAGUGAGAUAUUACAGGACACGCGGAUCUCCAUCAGCCUCCCGGACCUGACCAGCUCCCCCGCGGAGAGCCUACAGAAUGAGUGCAGGAGGGUCCUGGGCCUGCUGCUGGAGGAGGGGCUCUUCCCUCUGGCUCGACGGGUGGCUGAACUGGCCGAGCUCCCCGUGGACAGCCUGGUGAUCCAAGAGCUAAUACAAGAACUACAGACUUUGAAAGAGCACAGGCAGUGGGAGAGAAAGGAAACCCGAAUUAAGUUUUGGAGGAAGUGCAACAAUCGAUUUCAAAGCAACGGCAUUAACAGCGUGGCGGUGUCCGAGUUCUUCCUGGCUCAGGCAGAAGCCAUGCAGAUGGAGGAGUCUCCACUGGAAAUGCGGAUCCUGAGCCUGCAGGAGAAGUGGUUACUGCUGACCAUGGCUGGACACUGGCUGGCCCGACAAGACCCUGUGCCUGUCGAGCAGCUGGAAAAGAUGGAAAAGAGAAUAUGGCUGUGCCGGAUUUGCCAGGAAACCUUGCUGACAGCCACGGAAUCGAGCGCCACGUUCUUCCGCCCUGUUUCAGUUGCUGGCGACUGUUCCUUUGACGUUCUAAUCAAGGAGUUCUCUUUCUCCAAGCUGGGGGUGCUAAACUGCCCCAAGUACCUUAAGCUCGAGGGUCUGCCGACCAAGGAGGCUUCAGAAACAAGGCUGGACGCCACAGAGAGAGAAGCUCUGGCUGCCCUGAUUGGGAAGCUGCUGGAUGGGGGGUGUAUCCACGAAGCCAGCCGCGUCUGCAGGUACUUUGACUUCUUCCACCGGGAUGUGUCUCUGGUGCUGCACUGCAGAGCCUUGGCGUCGGGAGAUGUGGAGAGAGGCGACCUCCACCCCGCCAUUCAGGUGAUCCUUACUGCAGGAUCCACGAUGGGGCUAGAGGGAGGCACCGGGAGGAAGCACAUUCCAGGCACAAUGAGCCUGGACAGCUGUUCCUCCUUCGUAGUGGUGUUGCAGCCAGAUGACCAGUUUAUUAAGGAGCUGCAGAUUCUUGCAGACGAGUGCCACCAUGGGAAGAAUUACUGCAGGCAGGUCCUGAGCCUGUUCCAGCUCUCCCAGGAGCUGGGAUGUUCAUACAGUGAGAUCUCGGCCCAGGAUUGGGAGACUGUCCUGCGGGAGGUGCUGUGGUCCCAGCAGCCCGACCGGUACAAGAGAGCCCAGGCCUUCAUCACCAUCCAGGGCAUGGAGACGGAGGCCGUUGCAGAGCUGGUCUCAGGAGAGGUGGUGCAGGCGUUACUGAGCUCCGCAGAGGGGGCAGAGACAGCUGUGAGGCAGAAGCAGAUUUACAAUCCUGGCAAUGGGAAAGAGGCAUUUCUGCAGCUUGCUAAACUAUGCCAGGACCCGAACCUCGUUGGCACGAAGCUGCUGGAUAAAAUCUCCUCUAUCCCCCACGGAGAGCUGGCAUGCACUGUGGAUAUGCUGGUCCUGGCCCAUGACUGCUUCAGCCUGACUUGCCACAUGGAGGGAAUCGUGCGGGUCCUGCAGGCAGCGAGACACCUCUGUCACAACCACCUGGCACCCAGCGAGAAGUACAGCCUCAUGGUGCGGCUACUUACUGGAAUUGGCAGGUACAAUGAUAUGACCUAUAUCUUUGACCUGCUGCACCAGAACCAUCGCUUUGAAAUGCUGCUCAGAAAGAAAGUGGAGUCGAAUGCCACGCUGAAGACGGCCCUGCUGGAUUACAUCAAGCGCUGUCACCCCGGGGACAGUGAGAAGCACAACAUGGUGGCGCUGUGUUUCAGCAUGUGCCGGGAGAUCGGGGAGAACCACGAGGGAGCAGCUCGCACCCAGCUCAAACUGAUCGAGUCCCAGCCCUGGACGGCGACAACCGAAUUGAAGAAGUCCUUGGUGAAAGUCUUGACCCUUUUGAAAGAUGCAGCUGAAAGUUAUUCCAAGGACUGCUGCGCCCGGCAGGCUCUGAGGUGUGUCAAGCUGGCCAAGCUUGUCACCCUGCAGCUUCACUUCCUCAACAACAGCCAGGACAGGAAGCUAAUCAACCUGCCCAGGCAGGACCUGCUGGAGGCUAUGAUCUCCCUGCCAUUCUUCUACCAGGCGUUUGUUGUUGCCGAAGCAUAUGACUUCAUUCCUGAUUGGGCAGAAGUUUUAUACCAGCAAGUGAUUGUGCGAGGGGAUUUCACCUACUUGGAGGAGUUUAAGCAGCAGAGGCUACUACAAGCCAGCCUGUUUGAGGAAAUAUCCAAAAAAUUCAAGCAGCACCAGCAGCACCCAGAUACCACUGCAAGUCAGAAUCUGAAGAAAUUGCUGAAGUACUGUGAGGACAUCUAUAUCUACUACAAACUGGCUUACGAACACAAGUUUUUUGAUGUAGCAAACAUGCUUUUACAAGAUAACAAAACAAGCUGUUACCUAAAUGACAAGCUUGCAAGCUAGAUCAAGUCAAAAGACUGUUACUGCGGUGAGGAGGAUGCAGUUCUCAGAAUAAAUUACUUUGUCUUACCAAUAGAAUUUCAAUGUAAGACAAUAUGUGGCCAUACGUUUACUUUCUGUGUUCAUCAAUUAACAUGGUAAUCGAUUUUUAAGUUCAUAUAUAAUUGCUGCCACUUUAUGCAGAAUCAUUGCCUUAUAAAACUGGUCAAUUAUGACUGUAAAGCUUUUUUCUUCACACCACUUAAAACCUGUGUUAAUAAAACAUGAUUGUGCACUUAGACUUUUCUUGAAUUUUUUCUUUAUUUUGUAUUCAGGAAAAUGGUAAUGUAUGCUUGUCGUUGAUUUAUGCAUUCACCCUUAACCGGAAAUUAUAAAUAAAACUUGGCAGUAAUUCAGAACAGAAA